ACACUUAAGAAUAGAUCAAUGAAGGAAUACUUUCUCUAAAACAAGCCAUGAUAUCAAUAGCACUCGAUCUUUCUCGGAGGUACAGCAGUCGAGGGUCUCUCGGUAGCCAAAACGCCCAUAACGUUCAGCAUCACAUUUAUAGUCUUGAGGCAGGUCAGCGUCACGUCGCCUUUCCACCGAUAAGACAAAACUCGCGGUUAGCGACGGAUUGAACAAAAAUCAGCGGAUACAGCGACGGGUGAGCGCGCGGAAUAAUGAACGAAUGAAGCAAGAACAAUGGCCAACCUGACAGUCCCAAAACACAGCGGCUAACACAGACUGUGUCAGUCAGUGAGGGAGGGACAGAGGGAGGAGAAGAGAAAGGGCUGAGGUAGAAGACGACUGUCUGAUUAAGAUACGGAUGAAAUAAAAACAAAUAGCAUCUAUAUCGUCACUUAAACUGCGAACCGAGUCAAUGAUAUAGCCAUAGCAGCGCGAUGUCUACGAGAGGGUUGCGUGAAUGUAAGAUGAGUAAAUAAAUAAAUAAGAGCGCGUGAGCGUCAUCCGCAGUGUGUAGCAUCUACAUCUACUUGCACCACCUGAAGACAACGACCGACACUGACUGCUGGGAAAUAAAGAAACGGGGAAAACACGAGCAAUCAGCGGAGAGGAAGGGCGACGGGGAAAAUCAGCGAGACUGGCAACGUCCUUGUGAUACAGAAAUAAUUGAACAGCGGUUUCUUGUAUUUGAGGGAAGGAGAUAGAAGGGGGUCUCAGUGCUGCAGCGGCCGCCGUGAUGCUCUGCACAUGUAGGCACGUUUGAAGCAGUUCAUCCCCGCCCUGUGUGGAUCUGACCGAACCGACCCGACUGCACGGUAACGGAUUUAAUAGGGGGACGCUGGAAGGCUCUGAAAAGGACUAAAGGCGCAGAACUGGUGACUGGUAAUAUGACGAUAACCUUUAAUUAAUAAGUGAUGCAUUUCUACCUGUGCGGAGGAGAUAAAUGACAGGAUUUUAAUCGCCCGUUUGUUUUUCAACAUGGAUUGAUUGGCCCGUGAUCACUGGGUAGAAUGCUUAUUACAUCCGAGUUUUAAUACGGUACCGAUUUAUGCCUCUAUAGCCUAUAAAUAUUUAAAUAAAGACCACAUUUAGGCCGAUGACUUUCUGAUGACGACAGUAUGGCAGAUAUGUCUUUAUUGUAGAAAUGUAUGUUCACCUCAAUAUCUCUUCAUGAAGAUAUAGACAACUACAUCCACCCUUGUGCUUAUUUCCGAGUCUCGUUUUUUGGGGGGUAGCGAAGGACGCGUCAAAUUGAACACCGAUAGCUUUUACUCCACCAUCCCUCUGUCUGCAUUUUUGACCAGGUUAGAUAACUUCUGUCUGUAGUCGAUCCCUGCUUGUUGAUUUUACCUUUUAAAUCCAAAAGAAAAAAAAUAUUUUGACUAAAUAACGAGCCUUUAGGAGCCAUUUCUCGCCUUUGGCUUCCUUCCUCGAACAAUCUUCUGCCGAGCACCACCUUCGCAGCGAUGGAGACCCCUACGAAGCUACCUCCGUCGAGCCCAUCAUCGCCGACCACGGGCUUCUCUGUACCGAGCGCGGAGAAGGUAGACGGCUUCCCCCGCCGCUCGAUGCGCCGUGCCCGGCAGCGACGGUCCCAUAGCUCCUCACAGUUCCGCUAUCAGAGCUCCCAGGUGGAGCUCACGCCGCUGCCCUUACUUAAAGAUGCUCCAGUGGCAGAACUUCAUGACUUGUUCUGUAAGAAGCUGCAGCAGUGUUGUGUGCUUUUUGACUUUCUGGACUGUGUCGCCGACCUGAAGGGGAAAGAGAUCAAACGUGCUGCGCUGAACGAGCUUGUGGAGAGCGUGGCCACCAGUCGCGGAGUCCUCAUCGAACCCCUGUACCCAGAGGCUAUUAAGAUGAUCUCCGUGAACAUUUUUCGAACCCUCCCACCCAGUGAGAACCCUGAGUUUGACCCUGAGGAGGAUGAACCAGCUCUGGAAGCCUCCUGGCCUCACUUACAGUUGGUGUAUGAAUUCUUUUUACGCUUUCUUGAGAGUCCUGAUUUCCAGCCUUCUCUUGCCAAGCGCUACGUGGACCAGAAGUUUGUUCUACAGCUGCUGGAGUUAUUUGACAGCGAAGACCCCAGAGAGAGAGAAUAUCUGAAGACUAUCCUGCACCGCGUCUAUGGCAAACUUCUGGGCUUGAGGGCCUACAUCCGCAAACAGAUCAACAACAUCUUCCUCAGGUUCAUCUAUGAAACUGAGCGUUUCAAUGGAGUUGCUGAGCUUUUGGAAAUUUUGGGAAGUAUCAUAAACGGCUUUGCUCUGCCUCUCAAAUCAGAGCACAAGCAGUUCCUGGUGAGGGUCCUGAUCCCCCUGCACACUGCCAAGUCUCUCUCCAUUUUUCAUGCGCAGCUGGCUUACUGUGUGGUGCAAUUCAUGGAGAAGGAUGCCACAGUCACAGAACAUAUCAUCAGGGGGCUGCUGAGAUACUGGCCUAAAACAUGCACUCAGAAAGAGGUGAUGUUCCUGGGGGAGAUCGAGGAGAUUCUGGACGUGAUUGAACCAUCUCAGUUUAUCCGUGUGCAGGAGCCUCUAUUCAAACAGAUUGCUGCCUGCAUCUCCAGCCCUCAUUUCCAGGUUGCAGAGCGGGCUCUGUAUUUCUGGAAUAAUGAGUACAUUCUGAGUCUAAUAGAGGAGAACUGCCAGGUCAUCCUGCCUCUGGUCUUUGGCACACUGUACAGAGUUUCCAAAGAGCACUGGAACCAGACGAUCAUCUCUCUUAUUUACAAUGUGCUGAAGACGUUCAUGGAGAUGAACAGCAAGCUCUUUGAUGAUCUCACUGCCUCCUACAAAGUGGAGAAACAGAAGGAGCUGAAGAAAGAGAAGGAGCGAGUGGAGCUGUGGAGGAACUUGGAGGAUCUGCAGGAGCAGCGGCUGCAGAGUCUGACCGAGGCCAGCAGAAACCAGAAGAACCUGCAGGAGAGAGAGAACACAACCAAGAGCCAGUCAGAGACCAGUGCUGCCAACACCACCUAAAAACCACACGCAAACACACACCGACACACACACACACACAAUGUCACAGCACUGUAAAACACAAUAAUUACCUGACUUGGGAACCAAUCAAUGCCUCAAUCUCCAUCUGAAAACACACACGCACACACCAUGCAGACACUACCGUCACAAGCACAUGAACGACAGCCUGUCCAUAUGUAGAUAUCUGAAAAACACUGAAGCACACAUCACACACAACGAGUGAAAUAUAAAAGAGAAAAAAAUGAGUACCUCUCACAUGCGUCCUACUCUUUCAUCUGCUUCAUACACGCUUUUCACACACCUGCCUCUCUGCAUCUUUUCUUUCUAUUCCUCAUUAGAUCAUCAACCUCGACAUGCGUAACAUACCUGCAUGGGGUGAAACACAUGCACACACUCGCAAUCAAACACGUACAUCCUUCAUUACUGUCAUUCCAGAACUGGCUCCGUUUCUCUCGGGCCCGAUCCGAGCCCCCCGUCAGUCGACCAACAGACUCUGCAUACUGUCAAACGCUGAAGAGGAAUGAAUUAUGAUGAUCCUAAAGAUGAAAAUUCUUUAAAAGUACAGAUUCUAAUGUUCCUACUUCUACAGCUUAUUCUAUGAGUACUACUUCUAUGCUAAUAUAACUGAUGUUUUUAUUUAUAUAUAUAUAUAUAUAUAUAUAUCUAUAUAUAUCUAUAAAUAUGAUAUCUAUGUCUGAUUAUAGUGUUGGUGGGGGUAUUCUAGUGUAGCACCUCUAAACAUGACUGAAGUAUGCUGCUAGGUAAAACUAAACUUGCUCUGAAGUGACAACACUUUAGUCUGUUCUUAUGUUUGUUUUUGUUUUGUUUUUAAAAUCACAUUAGAAAUAUUUUAAUUUAGCAAUAUUCUCAUCUGUUUUAAAUAAUGGUGUGUCCGGUUAUUUUUUAUUUAUUUUAUUAUUAUUUCUUUCUUUCAAGUCAAAUUGCUUGCAAUCAUUCUCUUUGUAUUCCAGUACAAUUUCAAGAGGGGACAGAGUCUUAUUUUUGUCUUGAUUUUUGUAUGUUUUUGGUUGCUUAUAUUUAUUGAUGUAGAGGUUUGCUAAUCGGAAGGAACUGCGUGCGUAGGCAUAUUGAGAAAGCUUAAGAAUGCGCGAGUGUGUGAGUGUGUGUGGAUGUUGUAGAGAAGUUUAUUAGAAGAAAACAGGGAUUAGAUCAGAAUGUACCAUUCACUUUGAGUGUGCAUCAACGCUCAAAUGAACUCCCACUGUUGAUUAUUGAUUUACAGUCUGUCAUAUGGAGAAAAGGACGUGAAAAGCAAACAGUCUUGUUCUUGUUCAAAAGAAAGCAUCUGGAUUAACUUCUUUUGUUUGACCUCUGAGAAAACUGGUAUCUGCAGAAACAUCACAUUUCAUAGGAACAAAAUGGAAAAGAAAAAUGAAAUAGAAUAGACACGGCAAUAAAUAUGGACUGAAAUUGUACGCAUACGUAGCAUCACUUAAACUUUGAAAAUGCACUGUCCUCUUGAUCAAUGUCUUGUGUUUAAACAUAGCAAUGUAUUUUUGGGGGACAAGCGGCUUUUGGGAUAUGAAUGUAUAAAAGUGGGAUGUAAACAUGAAAACUUGUGUUGAAUAACUCAG